UCUGUCUUCUGGCCCUUGACAGCCUCACUCUGACUGGUGCCCUAGGCAGGUGACUCUGUCACCAGUCACCACCCUCUGGGCUGCCUGGUGUCCAGGGAGUAAGGACGUCUGUGCCCAGGGCCCACCUUCCUUCGUAUCUACCAAUGGCGACGGCUGAAGAAGGCAGUAACCCCCGGGGCAGAGCAACGGCCCGGCCGCAGGUACAGCUGCAGGAGCUCGAGCCCCGAGUGGCCCGCAGACGCCUGUCCCAGGCCCGCCACCGGGCCACCCUGGCUGGGCUCUUCUCCAAGCUCAGGGAGACCGUCUACUCCCAGUCUGAACUCACAGCCUCAAAGUGGCAGGUUUUAAAUAAGGCGAAGACUCAUAUUCAGGACCUGGAACACACUUUGGACAGUCUGCUGAAGCUGAAAGAAGCCUUCUUCCUGGAGGAUGGGAACGCAAACAGCCUAGAAGAGGUCAAGGAAGAAUAUGCCAGAAUGUACUAUCAAAAUCACAGCCUGUUUGCUCCCCCAGUUCAUCAGCCUGACUCUGCCACCUGGUACCCCUUCGAGGUAGUCGGGAAGGAAGAGGAGGCGGAAGAGGGGGAAGACCAGGAAGAGGAAGAGGAAGGGGAAGAGGAAUUGCUGGAGGAGGAAGAGAAGAAAGUGGAGACGUUUCAGUCUCCCAUCACCUUGACCCCAGACCUCAUGGAAUUUGAACGGUAUCUCAACUUUUACAAGCAGACGAUGGAUCUUCUGACUGCAAGCGGGGUCGUCUCCUUGGGGGAGGUGACACUCCCCAUAGUCUCUGCGGCCAUCUCCCACCUGUGGCAGAACCUCUCUGAGGAGUGGAAGGCCAGUCUCCUGCAGGCCUGGCUGCAGAAGCACAGCGGCCUCCCGGGCCUCAUAGCGGCCGGGCAGGAGCCAGCAGGGACCCAGGGCAGCAUGAGGGACAGUGGUGUGGACAGCCAAGGGGCCAGCUGCUCGCUCGUCUCCACCCCAGAGAGACUGUGCUUUCUUUAGAUCCUUUUUGAAGAUGCCUUUGAUGUGGCAAGUUUUCUGGACAAAAAUGAGCCUCCAAGUACCUCUAGCUCCAGUUCUCUGCUUACUAGCAGCAACCCAGAAAAUCCAGAAGAGAAGUUUCAGCUCUAUAUGCAGAUCAUUGAAUUUUUUAAGGGCCUUUGCUGUAUUAACAUGACCAUCAAGGAGGAACCAGACCUUCCCCUUGAUGAUGAGAUGAUAAUGUUGAGAUGCUUGGAGACCUUUGAUGAUGAAGAUAUGUGAUGCAGAUAGGCUGCGAGAGGAAGGGAAUGAAUAAAGGUGGAUAGUUUUCUAGUUUGACUGCAGGUUGCCAAGUUUCAACUGACUUAACUUCUGGGAAAUUCUGGGGUAGGCUGACCCAGAGAAUUGUGAUAGUUUUCGUUUCUGACUAUUAUAAAGUAUUUUAAGAAUGGUGUUGCUCGGGGGCCUCCCUGGUGGUGCAGGCAGUUGAGUGCCGCACUGUGAAGCUGUCCGCAGCCCCUGCAGUGUUGUUUCGAUCCUGGCCGGCAGGCAAGAAACCCACAUGGUGAAACAGACCUCUCCUGUCUUGCUCGCUGCUCCCCUCAGCAGUGUAUUUCGUCAGUUUGCUUGUUCUGUUCCCCGCUUUGUCUCCGGUGAAUCCUUCACCCUCCUGCACAUCUGGCCUGUACCCCAGUUCUUGUUUAAAAAUAA